CUCCUUAACUCUCUCUCUCUCUCUCUCUCUCUCUCCCCCUCUCCGUAGAAUCUCUCUGAAGAACACCGGGGUCUCAUCCACAGGCCAGGAGAGCUUCCGUUGGUUUGCAGAAAUUAGGGUUUUUGCUUUUUCCCCCUUUGGCUUUCAUCACGAUGACCGCAAAAGAAUUCACCAACCAUCUUCAAAAAACCCUCGCUUAGAUCCCCUCAUUGUCGUUGCUUGGACCUGAGCACUUCGUCGUCUAACCCUCGCUCCCUCUCCUUCUCUCUGUCGGGAUUUUGGAUGUGAGAAUUUCUUGAAUAGCAAUAUGAGUGACGACAUUUUUGAUGGGCAGAUAUUAGCUGAGAAGUUGUCUAAACUCAAUAGUUCACAGCAAAGUAUAGAAUCAUUAUCUCGUUGGUGCAUUUCUCAUAGAAAGAAAGCCAAACAGAUUGUUGAAACGUGGGAGAAAACUUUCAAUACUGCUCAGAGAGAACAGCGCGUUUCUUUCCUUUAUUUGGCCAAUGAUAUUCUGCAAAAUAGCAGGCGAAAGGGUAGUGAGUUUGUGAAUGAAUUUUGGAAAGUUCUUCCUGCAGCUCUGAAGCAUGUCUAUGAAAAUGGCAACGAAUAUGGAAAGAAAGCAGCAUGCAGACUGGUGGAUAUAUGGGAAGAGAGGAAAGUAUUUGGAUCUCGGGGUCACAAUCUUAAGGAUGAAAUGCUGGGUAAGAAUCCGCCUCCAUCAACAACCAAUGGAAAGAGUUCAAAUCCUAUUAAGAUAGUGAAGAGGGAUGCUCACUCAUUAAGGAUUAAAUUGGCUGUUGGAGGUAUGCCAGAAAAAAUAGUGACUGCAUUUCAGUUGUUACAUGAUGAAAAUACCACUGAGGAAGCUGCAUUAAACAAGUGUAAGGUAGCCAUGAGUCUUUUAGGUCAGCUGGAAAAGGAUGUGGAAAAGACAUAUACCCAAGGCAACCAGGUAGGAUCCUCACUGGUGGAUGAGAUACAGGAGCAGGAGAAUGCACUUGAGCAAUGUCUUAUGCAACUUAAAAAUUCUGAAUCAAUUAGGGCUGAGUUGGUUUCUCUACUUAGAGAAGCACUUCAUGAGCAGGAAUCAAAGCUGGAACUUGUUCGCAACCAGUUGCAAGUUGCUCAAGGUCAACUCGAGGAAAUUGGCAAUAUGAGACACAAGCUGACACUGCCACCUGUUCCUCCUUCCCUGACAACAACCAACCAACCGAUGGAAGUAGCUACUGUGGUUGAACCCAACCUCCCUGCAGCUCAUCCUAUCAGCACUCCUCCAUCUUCAUUGGCCCAACCCGUGAUUUCCUUUUCCAGCCUGAAGUCUAGUGAAGAAGAGAACAAGAAGGCGGCAGCUGCUGCAGUUGCUGCUAAGCUUGCUGCUUCUACAUCCUCUGCUCAGAUGCUUACGUCUGUUCUCUCAUCUCUCGUUGCAGAGGAGGCCGCCUCCAUGAAUGGUGGUAUGAAAUCAGCGGGGUUCACCUCAAGUCUACCCAUAUUCUCUCCAGAAAAACGGCCUAAACUAGAAAAACCGAUGCUGGUUACAGACACUAAUAGUUCGGACAUGGGUAGUACAGGCUACUUUACCUCUGUGCAACAGCAACCCAUGGCUAGCAUGCCAUCUACAAGUAUGCAACCCAUCUCCCAAGCCAAUCAAUUACCGGCUCCAUUUCAGCCACCGCCACCUCCACCUCCUGUGCCACAGGCAAACCAAUUUGUCCAACCCGGUGGUCUGAUGAUGGGGGUUAUGCCUUACGGAUAUGGUGCUAGUAGCCUGCCACCUCCCCCUCCCCUGCCUUCACAUAUUGCAAUGGGAUUAGCAAGACCAGCCCCCCAGCCGCAGCCACAACCACUUCAGUCCCCGCAGCAGCAGGCUCAGCCAUCGCAAAACCAGUCGCAGCAACCCACAAAUGGGGGAUAUUAUCGGCCACCAGGUAUCGGUUUCUAUGGGCAAAACCCUCAGCCGUCAACGCCCCCGGUUCCCCGGCCAUGACGCCCAGCGAGGCCGGGCCAUUUUGUACAUUAAUAGGCAUCUUUGACAUCAUAAUGAGUUGCUUUUGUGUUUUAUAAUGUGUACUUUUACCCGUAGAUGUCCUCUCUGCAUACAAUCCCCCCCCCCCCCCCCCCCCCAACCCAUCCAAGCUUCUUGUACUGCUUUGAAAUGAUAGCGAAGUAGCAGUAAGUACCAUUUUACUAAUGUUUAUAAAGUAACAAUUCGUGCUUACAACAGAGCUACAGGGGAAAUCCUCGUAUGCAGCCAGCUAAUCUGUUAUCUAUUAUCCAAUCUGCAGUCAUGGGGACACUCUUUUUAGGAUCAAUAGAUUUUUCAUAAAUGCUUUGUUGAAUGAUUAUCAACGAUGUAGCAGCUUUAUGCUUGUGACCCAACAACUCUGGGCUAUCGUGUUAUUACCCGCUUGACUUUGUUGUGAA